AUGGCGACCACCGCCCCUCGGGCGGCGGGAUCCAGCCGCGUGGCCUUGGCCCUCCGCUUCCGAAGCCCCAGGUGGCGGGCAGAGCGCGGGCGAGCUCACCGCCGCCGCCACGAACCACCCGCUGACCACCGAGCACGCCCGGCGUGGCCCGCAGCUCGACACACGCCUUUGUCCCUCCCCGCGGAAUUGGAACUCAACGACCGCAGCGCGCUCUCAGAACCAUGUGCUCCCUCCGCCAACGCCGCCGCCGCCGCUGCCGCUUCCGCCGCCAACGCCGCCGCCGCCGCCACCCGCACGCAGCCCCGGAUGCCUUCGCCUUCACUCCCCGACGCCCCGAGAACCCCCGAGGCCUCUGCGGCACAUUUGACCAAUCACGGAACAGCUACUCCUCCCGCCCCCAGCUCUGUUACUGCGCCUCCUGAUUGGCGGGUAAACGUCUGGGCACGUGACCGGAUCUCGGUUGAAGCCCUGGCGCGCCCUCCCCCCCUCCCCGGUCUGGUAGGGCGAAGGAGCGGGCGUGCGGUCGAUCGAGCGAUCGGUUGGCGGCUCUUCCUCCUGCUCUGGCAUCCGGCUCUUGGGGCGCAGGCCCGGCCGCCGCCGCGGCGCGCGCCCGGUGGCCGUUGGCGCUCGCGCCGCGUCUUUCUUCUCGUACGCAGAACUCGGGCGGCGGCCUAUGCUUUUGCGAUUCGACGAGGAGUCGUCCGGGUGGUUGGCGGCGGGGGCGGUGGGCAGUUGCUCCGCCCCGCUCCCGGGGAGGCGGCGGCGGCGGGAUUUGGGGAGGCGGGGGUGUCCGGGGCCGGCCUGGAAGCCUGGCGCCAUCAUCACCACCACCCUUCGGGGCCUGGCAGGACCCAGCUGGGGGGACAGGAGGGGGCUGGAGGAUGGCUGGUGGUGGGCUUUCUCCUUUGCCUUUUCCUCCUCAUGCCACCUUAGUGAGGGGCGGGAGCUCCGGGGUGGGGACGAGAGCCCCGGAGUCGUCGGAAGAGCUGGGGUUUGCUUCCGGGCCUUAGCCGCCAGCUGGCCGAGUGACCUUAGGCAAGUCACCCUGUAAAUUCGUCUGCGCCUCAGUUUCCCUCUGCCUAUCUGUGUGUGUGUGUGUGUGUGUGUGUGUGUGGGAUUGAACACGCGUUGUAAACUAUAAAGCGUCAGUUUACACGAGGAUCGAUUUGUAAUUUUUGUUUUAACUGCAAGAAAACUUAGCAGUUGCCCAUUUCUUUGAUUUUAAACCUGGGAACCUUGUGAGUUGAAGAUCGUCUCGCAGGCUCCCUAACUUUGGUUGGUUGGUGUGCGAAUGUGCAUCCUAUACCAGGUUUUCAAAGGAGGCUGUGACCUGGAAAGAGUUAAGAACAAGUUUUUUUUUUUAAUGCCACAGGAAGGAAACUGAGGCUUAGUUGUCAUUUGGGACCCUUCACAACUAAUUUGAAGCCCCUGUGAUAUGUGAGCUGUUUCUAUGCAUAAUGGAUAUUCGGGAUAACAUCGCACCACUGCUUGGCUUCCGGGCCCUUUUCUUUCACCAUGGGGUGCCUGAAGCGUGCUGAUGCAUAUGGUACUGUGGCACCCAAUGUAAGAGCAGCUGCAAUUAGGGGUGAACGUGCCCUGUAGUAUCAAGAAGCUUAGUCUUUCGCCCAGCAAUUGUUUUGUUUGCUGCUGCUUAUACUGGUGCCUGACUGCCUUUCCUUCAGUGACCAUUUUCCACGACCAUGGUUGCCAUCCAUCACCUAUUGUUUCGUAACCUUGGUGUGCGUGGUUAGUAGUGCACAGGUUUAUGUUAUUAAUGGUGCUGCCAAGCCCAGCUAAUUAUUGGUGCACGUGGAUGUUUAGCAAGUGGGCCGACUGGAACAGACUGAUCCAGGCAUGAGAUUCCUGAAGAUGUGUUCAACAUUUGCUUUAUUGAUUGAAAGUUAACAUUCUCUGAAAAGUUUUGUUAGAACUCCCGCUGAACCUCAAAAUCAGUAGAUAUGGAAGUGAUUCAAAGCUCCACUUUUUUUUUUUUUUUGGCCUGUUUUGUAUUCUAAUUGCUUGCAAGUGUGAUAACGAGAUGGCCAGAAUGCCUUUUUUUUUUUUCGUUGUCAGCUGUUUUUAUCAAAUUGCCGGCCUUUAUUCCAGUAAACACUUUAUAAAAAAAGUUUCAACAGUUGGAUUUAAAAUAUCAUCAUUGUAUGGAGUAGUGCUUAACAAGUGGUACAGCUCUAAGGAAGUGAACACAAACACAUUUAAGUGUACUUUGUCUGAUUAGUUGCUAGCCAAUUGUGAUAUUCAAAUAUUUGAAAAUAUAAGUUGACUGUUCCCUUUACCUAAAGGGCAGAGGCAAAUAAUUUCACUUCCAGAGAAAUGACUGUUUUGGAGGAAAAUGUUGGUCUUUAGCUCUUUUGUAAUUAAAUUUGGAUGUACCUCAAAAGAAUCUUAAGACUGGUGAUAAAAGGCUUUUGUCUGAAAAAAGGAGGGGGGAACAACUGGAACUCAAAAGCUUAAUUAUGUGACAAAACAUAAGAUGUCCAGAAUUGGAGGUUCAGAAAGCUUUGCUACAGUGUCCUGCAGUCUUUGGAGCAGAUGCCAUUGAGUGCAUAGCUGCAGCCAUGGACUCCAGAUUCCUUUUUCAAGAACUCGACCUACAUACGACUCUGAAGAGCUUGUCAGGAUGUGGCAGGAACCUCUGGAGAUUUUUUUUGUUUUUUGUUUUUAAUUUUGGAACCUUUGACCUUGCUGUGAGAAAAGACAACUGAUCAAGCACUGCCACCAGCACUGUUACCGGGAAUUCAAAGACGUUUCUGUCCAGACCCUCAGUGCAAACUGACAACACUCCAUCCAUAGUGAACUACGUCCUGUGCCUCCUGAUUGUGGAAUGUUCACCUGGACCCUCUGAAAACCUUCCUUCUGAUACUCCAUCAGCAUACAGACCUGGUACCUGGAUUUUUGUUUGUGAUGAUUCCUUACCACCUUACUACUGAAGAAGACACCAUUCCAGUGGAUCACUGUGACCCAAGAAUUAUUCAGCCAUUAUAAUGUGGUCUUUAUCUCCACUCCUGUCCUAUUCUGAGAUUCAGCACAGUCCUUAAAGUACAAUCAGGAGUACUCAAGCCAAAUAGCAGAAGCUAUUAUCACAACAAAGGCCCCAUCUGUUCCUGUUCAAUAAGUGUGCAUUUCAGUUCUGCAAUUAAAGCCUUCAGAGACAGUGAACUUGGACCAAGAGAUUUCGAUUAUCAACUGCCUGAAGAAAGUAUCUCUGAGAACAGCAUAUGCCCCACAAUCAAACAUUUGAAGUUCAUGAACUGUAGGCUUCUACCAAGGUCACUGGACUCUUGUUUUUGUUGUUGUUGUUUUUGUUUUUCUACUUCAAAUCUGUAUGUAGUAGCCUACUGAAUGAGAAAGCAGACAUUAUGACUAUUGGGAUCAAAACCAAGGCACAGUGAGUUCCUUAUAGUAUCUUUUUUUGGGAUUACUCAAGAACCAAAACUUCUCACAGAUGUAAGAAAUUUUACCAAGGAAUCCUUUUUCCUAGCAGCAUCUCAUAAAGCUCCAGUCAGAUUCCUGAAAAGGCCUGUUGAUACAUCAAGAUAGAAUAUGCAUUUUGUGAACAACUUAUCCUUAGAUCAUUGGCUUUCCAAAGGCUUUGUGUCCUUGAAGCCCUUUGAAUGAAAACUAUGUGGAAGUCUCAGAAUAAACAUGAAGCUUCUCUGGAUGAAACAGGAGUAGGGGUCUGCAGCCUGCCACAGCCAUCUUUCAUUACCACCACAGUGACACCUAAAGGGACUUCCUUACAAUAUGUAAAAAUCUUCAGAACACAGUUUGAAACCACUGCCCUAGACAACAGGUUUGACCUAAAUGGCAUUGUGACCGUUUAUGUAACUCCUCUUAAUAUAGUCCAUAUUCAGUCAAUGUUGAACAUUGUUAGGAAUACUGUGUCCCAACUUGGAAAAGUACAAGAAGAUGGGCAUGCCUUUGCCUAGAGAAUAGUCAUAUGGAGGUAUCAAAUGAACUUUUAUUAAUGGCAUUACACCUCAGAUGGACUUAAAGUGGUUCCUGGAAUUGGAUUUGGCCAGAGAACAGUAACUAACAUCCCACGCUGAGGAAUCCCUCACAAACCUUGUACUAGCGGUACUUGAAGUACAUGACUUGGAAGUUUUGGACACUGUUUGGAUAUGAGUUGCCUGAAAGCUGGUAUUGAAGUUUAUGCCUCAUUGAGGCCAUCUUAGACCAACUUUAUACGUCUGACCUCAUUAGCCAUGGUACUCCAUGUACAACAGAUAAACGUUAACUAUGAAAGCAGAAUCCAAAUACGGCAAUGUUUUCUAAAGGGGCUCAAUAACUGAUUAUCAUCUAUCUUCUAAAAUUACAAAUCAUAUGACAACCAGUGAUAGUUACACUGUUCCACUUGGUUUUUAUUCAGUUUAAUAGUUACUGUUUCCAAGGCAAGUGAGCUAAUGACCUUAGGAAAAGGCUGGAACAUUUCCUCCACUGGCAUAACUGCCUAUUCUCCAAGAUUAUUAUAACUAUUCAUCUCUACCUAUUAACAGAUGAUCCUGAAGAUGCAAUAUUUGAACAUCCUUUCUCAUGUGUGUAAUUUAAAAUAUAGCCAUUUUGAAAAUGUUCUUCUAGCCCGUCAGAGAUGUUGUUCUAAGAUGAAUCUUUUCAUGUCUGGUACCAUUAUCUGUAUUAUGGGCAUAAUUGGACACAGGCUCUUUGACUAGGCCAUGGUUAGCUUAUUUGAUUGGCACCUCAAAUAGCAGAUUGUCUACCUUUUUGCUGGCAAUGUAGACUUGAUACAAACAAAAUUUACAAGAUGGCAGCUAAGUAUUUAAUCAAUAGAGGCUCAAGAGCUUCUGUCCUGGAUGUUUCAUUGGAAUCGCAUCUGUCUCAAUACUGUCAGUUUCACUGGUUCAAGAGUGAGUGACUUCAUUCCUAACCAUGAAAUAUUCUUAGGCAUUAAGACUAUUUCUGGUGGAAAGAUUCAAUUCCUGAACUCCCAGACUAUAUCAUAGUGAACAAGGACACUUAAAUUUGUGAUAUGAGAAAAAUCUUUGAAGAACCAACUAUUGUCAGUUAAUGAACACAACCAAUUAAAUUUUGGAAGUGGUUUCUGUCCAUCCACUACAGAACCAUGGUUACACGAUUCAUUCCACAAAUCAUUGAAUACGGCUUAACACUGCUUGGUCUAGACUGUACCCUCAGCAGAUUAACAUCUGGAUGACUUCAGUUUGUAUAUACAACCAUUAUUUGGAAAGAAGAAAUUACCUGCUGUCUUACUUUUCUGUUACCUUCACAUCGUCAAGCUUUUUUUCCUCUUUAUUUAUAGUAAAAGGUCCUCGUGUACACUGCCAUUCACUCCCUCUGGUCCUGCCACACUCAGUCAUAAUGACGAGCCAAGAGUCAAAUGAACACUGUGUGUAAGAAUUGGUGUUGGAUAAGCAGAAGAGCCUAAAACUUAAGGCAACAAAGCCUUAAGCAUAGGGCUUUGUCUAUCUACAUGCCUCCUAUCUCAUCUAAAUCUUUGAACAAUGCCCCAACCAUCCUGAGGCCUUGACUUGUUUGCCAUUCUCAGAGAUAGGCUGUUACAGAAGAUAAAGACUUGAUUUGAUUACCAAAGAAAAUAGGGCCAAACUAAGACAGACAUGGCUCUACUGACCCUGUUGCUCCCAGAUGUAGCACAGACUCAAACAACCUCAAGGCUAUGUUCAGUACACAACCUCUUGAGCUGACAGUUCUUUCAGAGAUGAGCAGGAAAAUGAGCAUUUCUAAUCUUGACUGGCCCCUUAACAUGCAAAAAUUGUCCAGAAUAAACCCUGUGGAUCAAUUCUGGAAGACCCAGGACAAAAUCGCUUUACAGAGCUUCGUCGUUAAUCUGCCUGUUCUUCCAGGUUAUAGCUUGAUUAUUGGUGUGGCUGACACUGCUGAAGAUACACCGCUUGCCUAUUUACCUGUCUCAGCUCUUCCCUGACUUUUGUUGACCUGUCACUACAAUUAGACUGGCCUUGAGAAGACUACAGUCAACUUUAGCCUAUCUUAUGCCCAUCCAGCCCCACCAAGAAUUUUUUUUAAUAAAAGCAACCUGUUCCUCAGCACACCAGAACUAAAUCACACCAGUAAGGAUCAUGCUCUACCAUUCUUGACCAACAGUCUUUUGUUGUUGUUAAGUACAAAGUAAGCCUGUAUGCUUGGAUCAUUUUCAUCACUUGGAACAUCUACCAGUGUAGAAGAAACAUAGCAAGUUGAAAAUAGAGUCCAUUUCUCUCUCCCCCAGUAACUCAAAAGUGAAUCUGAUUCACCACUUAGAAAUGAAAAGUUCAACUUAGCAAAAGAGUUGAGGGAGUAUAAGAAAUUUUGCACUAAACAUAAUAUUUACAUUGACUCAAAUGGUGUCAGAACUACUUGCCAAAGGGAGGCUAAUUAUUCUGCUUCACAUCACCAAGAUAGUGGAGCUCUAAGGCAAACGACUUGGAUGAAACUCUGUGGUAAUUCCUAGAAUAUGCUAUUUGAAAUGACUAUCGCGUUCAAAUGAACUACAGGCUUCUCAAGGACAGACCAGACUUACCCUCAGUGGAUAUUUUUUGAAUAAUUUGAUGGCCAAGGAAGAAAUACUGCCAGCUGUUACCAUUGAACCUUAUGAACAGAGAGAAACUUUUUCAGUAUCCAGUCUAAUGUUUCCUGCAUCUGUCUCUUGCUAUUUUCACUCCAUGUGAUUUGGACAGUCUCAUUGACCUUGUGUUUCAUAAUGGGCAUGGUCUGACUUCAUCAAUCAUCAGCAAAGUCCUUGCCCAUAGUGACUGCUUCGAAACAAAUGUAUGAUUCAAAUUUGUCCGGUGAUAGUCAGCACUGGGAGUUUUCCUGAAUUGUGGAGUUCUCUUUACUUAGGUGCUUUAGCUUUGUAGGAUGAAAUAUUCAGAUCAACAAGGCCUGCCAUGCUGAAUGAGCCAAGUAGACAAUGAAGCCAGUCCAGAGGAGAACAGCCAAAAAGAGAGACCUGAGUUCUGAUGACAUCUUUUAUGUCCCUGGAUCCAGCUGUGCCUGAAGCUAGUAUAUCCCAUGGACUUCUCAGUUAUGUGAACCAAUAAAUGCCCUUUUUACUUAAGUUAAUUUGAGUUGGGUUUCUAUUACUUGAAAUUGAGUCCUGACUAAUAACAGUAUCUACCAACAGUGAAACUUGACAUGUACAAGUAUUUAUUAAGCUAGAGGCAUGGCCACACUGAAACUAUUUUCUGG